AUGUCCAAAGUCAUCUUCAAGCCUCGAUCGGAUGUGUGCCGCAUAUGCGAUUUCAUAACUUCCCAGCAGCCCCCCUUCAGACAACAGCGUCGACUUUCAAAAGCAAUCAGUACCAUUUCUCGCACAUUUACCACCACUACCAGAAAACGAUCAGGCAAUACACCAAAGUCUACCCCUUUUAAUGCUUUGCGGAAAUCUUUGGAUUCGAAUCAAGCGCAUGCACAACCAUCACGGCAUAUCACGGAAGCAGAACUAGAGCGGGAGUUGAGGCGUGGAGUCGAGGCAUGUAAUGAACUAUUGAAAACUAGUACAGGAACGAUACCCUCAGGAAAGGCUAUUCUGGAUGUUCUACAUACAUGCCGAUUGAUUGCUGCGGAUGUUGCUGGAGAGCCUGCUAAAUCAUCAGAAUCAAAGAAGGGUGCAACAGCUGCGGCGUCGUUACUUUCAUUGGCUGAUCGAAAAUCGAAGAAGUUGCGAGUUGAAAAGCUAUCCCGCGAGAGCCAAUCUCUAGUGGACGAGCUCUCACAAAGCCUUUUUUCGAUUGUUGCCCACGAGACUGUGUUUAUAUCGCCAGAGAUUUUAGAAGUAUACAUCAGCGCGCAAUCAUGUCUAGGAAAACCAGAGACUUUUCCUGUGGUGUUUUACUUGUACGCGAACAAGUCGAUACCAAUUGAGGGUUCCAAUCCAAUACAAUUCAAAAAUCAGAAUCCAGAUAAAGUCAACAAUGCCAUCCCAAUUGCUGUAGCCGAUCAAGCUUUACAAACCGCAAUUGAUGCGAGGGAAUUAGAUGUGGCUAUGGAUAUCAUUGAUACAGCAUAUGCGCAGAAAGCAUUUCGUCGAGCCAAAUUUAUCCGGAAAGGAUUGUUACCUACCGCUGGGGUUGGCGUGGCACCUCUUGCAGCAUAUGGCGUUGCAACACAACUUGCUAUGUUCCAAAAUACCAUGGAACCUGGCAUGGCCACAAACCUCGCAUUUGCUGGAAUAUUAGCAUAUAUGGGGUUUACGGCUACAAUUGGUGUGGUAGCUGUGACAACAGCUAAUGAUCAAAUGGAUCGCGUGACUUGGGCCCCGGGUAUGCCGUUAAGGGAGCGCUGGAUUCGUGAAGAAGAACGGGCUACGAUAGAUAAAGUUGCGGGAUCAUGGGGUUUUCCUCAAAAAUGGCGGCGUGGAGAAGAAGAGGGUAAAGAUUGGGAUCGAUUGAGACUGUGGAUUGGCAAUAAAGGAAUGUUACUUGAUGCGGUGGAGCUUAUGGAAGGUAUGGAGUAG